CAGGCACUACAGAAGCCAGCUAACAAGGGGUCCUUCCUGAAAGUGGAGGAAAGAUGGCCGCUUCUUUUCUCAGCAGGAGGACGUUGGCGCUUUCUAACGCCACUAAGGCGUGUUUAGCCUCCAAAAUGAUAAACCCUGCGAGCGGCAUUGGAACACAAACGGCGUCGUAUCACGCUAAGCCUCUCAAACUCAACCUGCGUCUCCCAUACAUUCCGGACAAGAGCAGCGAGAAGACGCCGGAGUGGCAGAAGACGGCGCAGUACGACAGGAAACUAUUCGGCCGCUACGGCUCGGCGUCGGGGGUUGACCCCGCGUCGCUGUGGCCCAGCCACGCCGAGCUGGACCGCAUCAUCGCCGAGGAAAAUGAGUGGAAUCCUUCGCUGGAAGUCAUGUUGGAGAAUAUCGCGGCCCAGCAAAAGGCGGAGACGGAACAGCGCCUCGCAAAGGAGCAGCUCAUAGCUGCAAACAUGGCCAAAAUGCCCAAGAUGGUCGCCGACUGGCGCCGAGAGAAGCGUGAAUCGAGGAAGAAGCUAAAAGAGGAGAAGGCGCGCCGUCAGAAGUUGCUGGCGGAGGCCAAAGAGCGUUACGGCUCCACGGUGGACCCUCGCAGCGCCAAGUUCCAGGAAAUGUUAGCUGAACUCGAAAAGGAGGAGAAGAAAAAGAAGAAAUUAUUGAAGCGCAGGCAGAGAGAAGAGCAGGCGGCUGUUCCGGUCACUCCCCCUGUUGCUGCCUCCUAAACUUGCUCUUUACGGACUUCUAACAACAUUAAACGUUGGACCGCUUCACUGCUUAUUUUGUUUUGAAAUAAAUGUUAUUUUCCACCA